CUCUAUGGUACGUGCUCGGAUACGUGGGUGUACGCUGGCAUAAACGGAACUUCCUCGCCAUCAUCAAGGAAUACGAGAACGUAUAUUAGUGAAGAUUACGCAUUUUAUUUUUACGUAGGACAGUCGAGCAGAUUUUAUUGAUGAGAACUUCUCUGGCGUUCCAUCCUGAUGAAUAGGAAAAGUGUUCUGGACCAUGUCCGUACAUUAUAAGUUCAAGUCCACUUUGGACUUUGACACUGUAUCAUUUGAUGGGUUGCAUAUAUCUGUAGCCGAUUUAAAAAAGGCAAUCUUCCAUCAGAAGAGAAUCGGGAAAAAUACGGACUUUGAUUUGCAGAUCACAAAUGCUCAGACUAAAGAAGAUUACACUGAUGACAACAUUUUAAUUGCCAAAAAUACAAGUCUAAUUGUUGCCAGAGUGCCUUUAACAAGUCAACAGAAGAGAACUUGGGAAAGAGCUGAAGCACCAACAUUUAAUACCACCAAAGAUGAAGGGACUUUGGGCAAAUCUGUCGACCUUACCAGGUUGGAUGGAUCUGAAGAAGACAAGAUCCGUGCCAUGAUAACACAGAGUACACAAGAUUAUGAUCCAUCAAAUUAUAUGAAAAUACGUGGUCAAAACCAAACAGGUGAAGUACCCCCAAAUUAUCGCUGUUACAAGUGUCAUCAGCCUGGGCAUUGGAUAAAACACUGUCCACUAGGUAUUGGUUCAGAACCGAUUGAAAUAAAGAAGAGUACUGGUAUUCCACGUAGUUUUAUGGUCCCAGUUGACGGACCAACAGUUCCUGGCGCUAUGAUGACUCCUGGUGGAACGUAUGCUGUACCUGCCAUUGACCACCAAGCCUACAAAGAAGGCAAGAAAGAAAAACCGCCUUUCUCUCAUGACCCGGAGCCCGCAGUGGAGAAACCAGAAAUUCCGGAGGACCUUCUUUGCAACAUAUGUAAAGAUCUUCUAACGGAUGCUGUGAUGAUUCCAUGUUGCGGAAACUCAUUCUGUGAUGAGUGUAUACGUACCUUUCUCCUCGAAUCCGAAGAACACGAAUGUCCUGACUGUAAUGAAAAAGACGUCUUACCAGAAUCACUAAUCCCCAAUCGUUACUUACGUAAUGCCGUGCUUAACUUUAAAAACGAGACGGGUUAUGCUAAAAGAGUAGUGUAUAAACCGCCUCCGCUGUCAAAACUUGAGCCCAGCGUCUCAGAGAAACUCAGCGCCGAACAAGCUGUUGCUCCCACGCAGGCUAACUCUAGUCAGGCGUUGGGAGAAGUUAAGGAAGCCGAUAAAGCUGCUGGAGAGGCUUCGCCUUCCUACGAGAAGGCUACAACUGCAACAGAAGAAACAGGUGACUUGAAAAUUGGAGAGGACGAGGCGGAGGUACCACCACCUCCUGGAACCGAACCACCUCUCCUACCAAAAAAGGUUUCUGACCAUUCAUGGCGAGAAUCUAGCAGUGAGGAAGAUUACGGCAAAUUCUCAAAGGAAAGACGCCGGAGCUUCAGUCGCGAUAAUACUCGUGACAGAAGUGCUGCUUAUCAUAGCAGUAGUAGUAGCUCACGAGAGGCAGGUAUACGACCACCGAGUCGUAGACGAUCGCUCUCGCCUCCCAACUCCGACUAUCCCAAAAGUAGUUAUCAAGCGCCACCUUCGGGACAUCCUUCAGCAUCGACAGCAGAUGGUCGAUACAUGCCGGCUCCAGUUCAUUAUGAUCCUAAUAUUAGGAGGUCAACCGAGGACAGAGCUGGAACUCCCACGGUGGACGAGCCGCACUUGCAUCCUGCACCGGCCUUAUUGCCAUAUCCACCAGGCGAUGAGCGGGCAGCUUAUCCAGCUCCGCCGCCAGUGGGUCACGCUCCGGCAUUGCUACCAAAUCCAUACAUGGCUCCACCACGAAUGCCAAUGUAUGCGGAGCCACCAACAGCAGCACCUCCACCGCCUCACGGUUACGCACCGCCACCACCACCGCCAACAGCGCAGAGAUACGACAGUCGUGCACCGGCCUAUGCUCAACAGCCUUACAGACCGUCUCAACCGCCCAGAGGUUACAGUGGCCCACCAAGACCUAUGAGAGGCAUGCACAACAGAUACAGAUCACACGUUCCUUCCAAAUGGGAUAUGCAAGUGGGAUAUCGAGGUAUGCAACCUCCACCUCCAGGUAUGGGUCGUGGAAUGCAUAACGGCACACCAGGAGUGAUCGACGAUCCACUAGAAAUAUUCAAUCGUAUGCUUCGGGAAAAAGACGAGCGCGAUCGUCGCAUGGGUAAGCAUCGUUCGUCUCGUCGCACACGAUCACGUUCGCGAUCGCGCUCGUACUCACGUUCGCGAUCGAGGUCACCAGUUAGACGGCCGGCCAGUCGAUCUCGAUCGCCACCCAAGAGACGGGCUGUCAAUUCGAGGUCGCCACCGCCAUCGCAUAGAACAAGAAGCCGCACACCUAAAAAGCGUAGAUCGCGCAGUGGCAGUUUUUCUAUUAGUCGAUCUCGAUCGUACUCGCGGAGCCAGUCGCCAAGGGCCACUUUGCCCCGCAAACGCAAGGGCAAACCGGCUCCGUAUCGCUCGCCGGCUCGAUCACCCCCGAGAUAUCAUAAAGAACGAGAUCAUAAAGAACGCGAGAGGCAUCGCUCACGCGAGCCGUACUCAACUUCAGCCAGCUACUAUGCCGACACGGCCGAUCGUGGCCCACGUUAUAAGACGCAAUCGUCGUCAUCGUCGUCGUCUCAUCCUCAUCAUCAGCAACAACAUCAUCAUCAUACAAUAUCACCGCCAGCGUCGCUGCCACCACCAGCACCACCGGGUCUAUCGCCUAGCCAGCCGGACAGGAAAAACUAUUAUGAUUCCUAUAACAGGUAUGCGCCAGCGACGUCGAUGCCGACCGGCCGCUUAUUGCCCCUAGCGCCGCCGGCUGCUAAGCGGUUCGACGAUGUGGCGCCUCCAGGCACCGAGGGAUACUACGACCUUGCCCCGCCCGGUGUCGACUUGCUUCCGCCCAAGGAACGCGCCCCUUCCAAAGACCGGGAUGCCGACAGCGUUACACUGUCGAGCAGAUCGUUGCACGAGCGUGAUCGGAGGCACGAUGACGACAGGUCCAGAGACGAUCGGCCAAGACGGGAUCGAAGAGAUAACCACGACAAAGAUCGAUACAAGGACGACAAAAGCCGCCGUUUAGAUCGCUACGACUCGUACGAUCGACGUCGCGGCAAGCAGCAUCGCGGCAUCAGUAGCAGCUCGCCGAAGAGAGACUACACGCCAGAAAGGAACCGCGGCGCCAAGCAGGCCCGCGAGAGCGAGGACUCGCAACGCAAGAAGGACAAGAAAAUCAACAAGGAGAAGAAAAAGAAGAAAGAUAGCGAGGAGAAGGAGAAGAAGCGCAAGAAGAAGCGCGAGAAGAAGAUGCUGAAGGAGGCCGCCGCCGCGGUGGUCAGCUCAUCCACGAUGAUUGUCAAGAUCAAGGAGGAGCCCAAAGACGACGUGGAGGAGACGACCAAGGUCACGCUGGAGGAGAGUCAGCCCGCCGUCGAGGAGAGCAAAGCCGCCGAGGUGGAGGAGAGCAAAGUCGUGGUGAUGGCUGCUGCGGCCACUGCAGUCCUCGAGGAAGCGAAGGUCGCGGACGAGGUGAAACCGAAGCGCGAGGAAAACGAGGCAGCCGCGAGCGCGGCGACAACCACCACGGCCGAGGAGGAACAGGAGAAGCCGAGCGAGGCGAGCCUGUACGCAGGCGUGGUCGACGAAACCGAAAUCACCACCACCCAUUCCGAGAGCAAAGCCGAGGAGCAGCAGCCACAGCCGGCAAGUCCACAGCCCGUCGUCGCGGUGGCGAACUCUGAGUCGCCGAAGAAGGAAGAGUUCAUGGCGCCAUUGCCUGAGCUUUCCAAGUGGGAGCGCGAUGAGAAGCCGAGCGAAGAGGAGGAAGAGGAAAAGUCGGCAACUCCCGAGAGGCCCAGCGGCGAUGCCGUCAACAAUGGUGGAGGCGAAAGCGAAGAUGGCAAGAAGCUCGUCACCACGGAGGUCCUUAAGAGGGCUGAGAAUGCCAUUUUCCAGAAAGCCAUCAACGCCAUCAGACCGAUUGAGAUCAAGAAGAUUAGCGAGAGCAGAAAAGCCCUCUAUCAGAAUCCCGAGCCUAAGGUGCUCGAGCCAGAACCCGAGCGUGAGUCUCGCAAGAGUAUGAACGUCAUAAUAAACGUCGACAAGAAUCAGCGAAAUGUAGAACUUUCCAGUGAGCCUCUUAAGAAGACGGCCAAGUCCAAAUUCAAGAAUCUGCAGUUGUCGCCGACGCGCCUGUCGGUGAAAGAACGCCUAGGCGAGAAGAUCGAAGAUGCAGCGAAAGCCAAGCUCGAAGCUAAGAGUAAAGCUGAGGCUAGAAGAGUAUCGCUUACUCUCGACAACGAGCCCAUUAUACCGAAUCCUGAGAGGAAAGUCUUUGUCGAGUCAUCGGACAGAAAACGUGAAAGAUCACGGCACGAGCGUGAUUGGGCGAUGCGUAUGACUGUCAGGGAUCCACCUCCACGAGUGCACGAAUCCCGAAAACCCGAGCGUCAAGCGCGUACACCACCAUUGAAGCAGCGCAAACUGGCCGAAGCGGUUGAGGAGGUGAAAACACCAUUAUUGCCAGUUAAAAAGCCAGUGCGUGAAGAGCCGUUGACGAAGAAACGUAAGAAGGAGCGCAGCAAGUCCCACGAGCGUAAGAAACGCAAAGAUAAGAAACACAAGAAGGAGCGAGCUUCGAAAAAGAGAAGCAAGGAGAAGGAAAGUGCUAGUAACACGCCGAAAGAUGAUCCUAAAGAGUCAACCCCGAGUAACGAACCAACGACCAAGCCGCAAAGGAAAAAUCCUAAAUUGGUGUCCGAUAGGAAAAGGAGCGUUAUUGACGAGGCGAAUUUCGAGCCCGAUUAUUCGGCCUCGGAUAGCGAGAGCGAAGAGGACGAUAGAUCGACUCUGCUUGCUACCAAGAGAGCAAAGAUCGAUAGUGAUGAAAUUAUAAAUGUUGAUGCUGAACCUGUUAAGCCUAAGAAAAAAUCUAAGCAAACGAGUUCUGAAGAUGACUCGUCCAGCUCUGACAGUUCGUCAUCGGACUCGGACAGCUCGGUGGAGUCGCACCGAAAGAAGAAAAAGAAACACAAGAGGCGAAAAAAGCGUAAAGCCAAAAAGGACAGCAGUUCGGACUCGGACGCUUAUAGUGACUCGUCAGAUUCAAGUUCCGAAGAGGAAAAGCAUCGUCGCAAAAAAAAGUCUAAGAGUAAGAGUAAAGCUUCUAAGAAGAAGAAGAAGUCUAAGCAUAAAUGACGACAUU